AUUGACUUUGAGUGCAUUGAAAGCCAUUGAAAGCAAUUGAAAGCAAUUGUAAUAAUAAUAAUCAGUUAAUGCAAUCAAAUGGCGACUCAAGUGACGCAAAGUGUGGUCUCCAGUGAGGUCUCCGGCGAUGACUCUCUCUAUCCGAUCGCUGUCCUCAUCGAUGAACUCCGUAACGAUGACGUGCAGUUACGUCUCAACUCAAUCCGCAAAUUGUCGACAAUAGCUCUGGCAUUAGGUGUUGAGCGGACCCGCACUGAACUCAUACCUUUCCUCACAGACACCAUCUAUGAUGAGGACGAAGUUCUACUGGCUUUGGCCGAACAGUUGGGCACUUUUACAUCAUUAAUUGGUGGACAAGAGUACGUCCACGUAUUGUUACCGCCAUUAGAAUCUUUGGCGACGGUUGAAGAAACAGUGGUCAGAGAUAAAGCUGUCGAAAGUCUUAGGAUUGUUUCACAGCAACAUUCACCUCAAGACUUGGAGACUUAUUUUGUACCUCUUGUCAAACGACUUGCAUCAGGCGAUUGGUUUACAUCGCGAACGAGCGCUUGUGGUCUCUUUGGUGUCUGUUAUCCUCGAGUUUCAAAUCAAGUGAAAACAGAUUUAAGAAAUGCGUUUCGUCAGUUAUGUCAAGACGACACUCCAAUGGUUCGAAGAGCCGCCGCAUCUAAAUUAGGAGAGUUUGCAAAAGUGUUAGAACCGGAAUACGUUAAGUCGGAAGUAAUCUCUUUGUGGUCACUAUUGGCUUCCGACGAUCAGGACUCAGUACGACUUUUAGCUGUUGAGGCGUGUGUUUCCAUUGCAUCACUUCUUUCAAAUGAAGAUAUUGAACAGCAUGUGAUGCCUGUCUUAAGGUCAGCCGCUGAGGACAAGUCAUGGCGCGUCCGAUAUAUGGUUGCCGACAAGUUUACUGAAUUACAAAAAGCUGUUGGACCUGAUAUUACACGCAAUGAUUUAGUGCCCGCUUUUCAAAAUCUACUUAAAGAUUGUGAGGCAGAAGUGAGAGCAGCAGCCGCUCAGAAAGUUAAAGACUUUUGUCAGAAUUUAACGCCCGCCGACUCUCAGGAACAGCUAAUAAUGACUAAUGUUUUGCCAUGUGUUAAAGACUUGGUUUCAGAUCCUAAUCAACACGUGAAGUCUGCUUUGGCGUCGGUUAUAAUGGGUUUGUCACCCAUUUUGGGCAAACAUAACACUAUUGAGCAUUUGUUGCCAAUGUUUUUGUCUCAACUAAAAGACGAAUGUCCUGAAGUCAGACUUAAUAUCAUUUCAAACUUGGAUUGUGUUAAUGAAGUGAUUGGAAUUCAACAAUUAAGUCAGUCAUUACUGCCAGCGAUUGUUGAGUUGGCCGAAGACACAAAAUGGCGCGUCCGGUUAGCUAUCAUUCAAUACAUGCCAUUACUGGCCGGACAGCUUGGCGUUGACUUCUUUGAUGAGAAGCUCAACACGUUAUGCAUGACUUGGCUCGUCGAUCAGGUAUUUGCAAUCCGAGAGGCGGCCACACAAAACCUUAAGAAAUUAGUUGAAAAGUUUGGGUCUGAUUGGGCCACGAAUACAGUUAUUCCCAAAGUAUUGCAAAUGUCAAGAGACCAGAAUUAUUUGCAUCGAAUGACUUGUCUUUUCUCUAUCAAUGUAUUGGCAAACGCUUGCGGACCGGAAAUUACAGCAAAACAAAUGCUUCCAACUGUGGUUAGUCUGGGCUCAGACAGUGUACCAAAUGUUCGUUUUAAUGUUGCGAAGACUUUACAAAAGAUUGGACCAAUUCUUGAUCAGAAUACAAUUCAAACCCAAGUGAAGCCCUGUUUGGAUAAAUUACAAAACGAUUCCGAUGUUGACGUGCGCUUCUUUGCCAAAGAAGCCGUGUCAUCCCUUAAUGAAUCCGGAUUUCUAUAAUUUAUUUUAUAUUAUUAUUAUUAUUAUUCACAUUGAAAUCAUUGUUUCAAUUAAACUAAUGGUUUAAUUCAGUUAUUAAUUAUCCAAAAAACUUAGUCGUAAAGAAAUUGC